GCCUGCUUCAGGGCAGUGGCUAGGGCGGCUAGAGUGCUAACAGGGAGUCCGCCGCUGCCACCUCAACAUGGAGUAGGAAGAGCCCAGCGUCCACCCCCGAAAAGCGGACCCUACAAAGACAAAUAGGACACAUCCAUUAAUUCAAUAUACCCGCAGACGCAAAUGAGCCAUUCGUUGACAAGUUAGCAGCUGUAAAGGGAAACACGGCGUUUAUAUGAAAGAUGGCGAACGACUCCCCAGCUAAAAGUCUAGUAGACAUAGACUUGGCUUCACUGCGGGACCCAGCCGGCAUAUUUGAAUUGGUCGAGGUGGUUGGAAAUGGCACCUACGGGCAAGUAUACAAGGGACGUCAUGUCAAGACUGGACAGCUGGCUGCCAUCAAGGUCAUGGAUGUCACAGAGGAUGAAGAGGAGGAAAUUAAAUUGGAGAUUAAUAUGCUUAAGAAGUAUUCCCACCACAGAAACAUUGCCACCUACUAUGGCGCUUUUAUUAAAAAGAGUCCACCCGGACAUGACGACCAGCUGUGGUUGGUGAUGGAGUUCUGCGGAGCUGGUUCCAUCACAGACCUAGUGAAGAACACCAAGGGAAACCAGCUAAAGGAAGAUUGGAUUGCCUACAUCUCCAGAGAAAUACUCCGAGGUCUGGCUCACCUCCACGCCCACCACGUCAUCCACCGUGACAUCAAGGGCCAGAAUGUCCUAUUGACAGAGAAUGCCGAAGUCAAAUUAGUGGACUUUGGUGUAAGUGCCCAGCUUGAUCGAACCGUGGGCAGGAGAAACACUUUCAUCGGUACUCCCUAUUGGAUGGCCCCUGAAGUCAUCGCCUGCGACGAGAACCCCGAUGCGACAUACGACUACCGGAGUGAUCUGUGGUCUUGUGGAAUUACAGCAAUUGAGAUGGCUGAAGGAGCGCCACCGCUUUGUGACAUGCAUCCCAUGCGAGCACUCUUCCUGAUUCCAAGAAACCCGCCUCCACGACUCAAAUCCAAAAAAUGGUCCAAAAAGUUUUUCAGUUUCAUCGAAGGUUGUCUCGUGAAGAACUACACGCAGAGGCCGCCAACCGAACAGUUGCUCAAACACCCCUUCAUUCGUGACCAGCCCAACGAGAGGCAGGUCCGAAUUCAGCUGAAAGACCACAUUGAUCGCACCAAGAAGAAGAGGGGCGAAAAAGAUGAGACUGAGUAUGAGUACAGUGGCAGUGAAGAAGAGGAAGAAGAUCCAGCGGAACAAGAGGGAGAACCAAGCUCCAUUGUCAAUGUGCCGGGCGAGUCGACGCUCCGUCGAGACUUCAUUCGCCUACAGCAGGAGAACAAGGAGAGGUCGGAAGCUCUUCGCCGUCAGCAACUGUUGCAGGAGCAGCAACUUCGCGAACAGGAGGAAUACAAGCGCCAACUACUGGCCGAGAGGCAGAAGCGUAUUGAGCAGCAGAAGGAGCAGCGGCGGCGCCUAGAAGAGCAACAGAGACGUGAACGCGAAAUGAGACGGCAGCAGGAGCGCGAUCAGCGUCGGCGGGAGCAAGAGGAGAAGAGACGCGUUGAGGAGAUGGAUCGCAGGCGAAAAGAGGAGGAGGAGCGCCGACGUGCUGAGGACGAAAAAAGGAGGAACGAUCGUGAGCAGGAGUACAUCCGGCGGCAGCUUGAGGAGGAGCAGAGACAUUUGGAGAUGCUCCAGGAGCAGUUGCUGCGUGAACAGGCCAUGUUACUGGCUGACGAGCGAUACCGUAAGAAUAUUCAGGGCUCUCCUCAGGCUGCCCCUCUUCCCAAGCAGCCUCCUCUUCCCCCUCGCUCUGCUGAAGCCUUCUCAAAUGGGAGCAGCUCAUCCGAGGCCUCUGCCAUGCACCGGCCCAUGGAGCCUCAGGUCCAGUGGUCCCACAUUGCUGCUCUCAAGAGCAGCAACAGCGCUGCCCCCUCUCCUCCUCCUCCACCUCCUUCUCUGCCUGCGGUCGGUCGCUCCCAGUCCUUUAGCGAGCCCGGCGGUGUUACGACUAAUUUUGCACAACUGCACAUGCGCGCCCAGGAUGCCCAUCAUCAUCACCCAUCGCCUGUACGCACUGACCCCCAGCCCCAACUUCCCCUUCACCACCAGCCUGGUGAGGAAGUGCCUCCCAAGGUACCUGUGAGAACAACGUCCCGUUCACCGGUCCUGUCACGCCGGGAGUCUCCACUGCCAUUGCAGCCUGGUGCCCAGAGGAAUGCAUCUGGUAAUGUGGAGCAGCGCCCCCUGUGGGACCGCGUCGAGAAGCUGCAGCCUCGGCCAGGAAGUGGGAGUUCAUCCGGCUCGUCCAACUCGAGCGCCCAAGCCAGUCCUGGAGACCGCUUCAGACCACGCUCAUCGUCCAAAUCUGAAGGAACCCCUCUCCAGCGCCCUGAGAAUGUUCCCAAAAAAACGGAUGAAAAGAAUUUUGCCAGGCCUACUCGACCUGCUGACCUGACAGCCCUCGCUAAGGAGCUUCGUGCAGUGGACGAUGUGCGGCCUCCCCACAAGGUGACUGACUAUUCUUCCUCAAGUGAAGAUUCCGGCACAACUGAUGAGGAGGACGAUGAGGAAGUCGACCAGGAGGCGGGAGACGAGUCGACCUCGGGAGCAGAGGACUUCCGUUCUGGGAGGCUGAGCAACGGGGAGACCGGAUCUGCCAAAACCAUGUUGGUUGACGAUUCUGAAAGCAACCAGUCCACCACACCGUCAAAGGAUGGCACACUGGUCAUCAGACAGAACACCGCUGAUAUUAAGCGGUUGGUCAAUCUCUCCUCCUCUUCCCCGGCCGGUGCCUCUCGCGGCCAGCCCCAAACCCUCAGCCAGAGCCUACAAGAGAAAAAUGGCUUCACUGGCUGCAUUCACCACCUACCAGACCUUAUCCAACAAAGCCAUCACUCCCCUUCCUCUUCCACAUCCAUGCUUUCCUCCUCCUUCUCAUCACCAUCUAGCCAUGUCAGUCUGGCCAUGUCCCCACUGAAUCCCCCGGACAAGCUUGUUGCCAUCGAGAGCCAAUCAGAGAGUAAUUCCAUGUCCAAACACAAGUCGUCGUCGUCCUUCACUCCCUUCAUCGACCCUCGCCUACUCCAGAUUUCCCCAUCCAGUGGAAGCUCGCUCAACAACAUGGCAGCAUUUGGGCAAGAUGUUCGUCUCGCGGACCCGCUGAGGUCUGACCCGUCCCGCAAAGGCUCGGUGGUCAACGUCAACCCCGUCAACACGCGUCCGCCGAGUGACACGCCAGAGAUCCGCAAAUACAAAAAGCGGUUCAACUCCGAGAUUCUGUGCGCCGCCCUUUGGGGGGUCAACCUGCUGGUGGGGACCGAGAGCGGUCUGAUGCUGCUGGACCGCAGCGGUCAGGGCAAGGUCUACCCGCUGAUCAACAGGCGGCGUAUCCAGCAGAUGGAUGUCCUUGAGGGUCUCAACGUUCUGGUGACCAUUUCAGGCAAAAAGAACAAGCUGCGAGUGUAUUACCUGUCAUGGCUGCGGAACAAGAUUUUGCAUAAUGACCCAGAGGUGGAAAAGAAGCAGGGUUGGGUUAAUGUGGGCGACCUGGAAGGCUGCGUCCACUACAAAGUCGUCAAAUACGAGAGGAUCAAAUUUUUGGUGCUGGCCUUGAAGAACUCGGUGGAGGUUUACGCUUGGGCGCCCAAACCGUACCACAAGUUCAUGGCCUUCAAGUCAUUUGGCGACUUGGUGCACAAACCUCUGCUGGUGGACCUGACCGUAGAGGAAGGUCAGAGGUUAAAGGUCAUCUAUGGCUCUUGCUCAGGCUUCCAUGCUGUGGAUGUGGACUCGGGCGCAGUCUACGAUAUCUAUCUACCCACUCACAUCCAGACCAGCAUUCAGUGCCACGCUAUUAUCAUCCUGCCCAACACUGACGGAAUAGAACUGCUCGUCUGCUACGAGGACGAGGGUGUCUACGUGAACACGUACGGGCGCAUCACCAAGGACGUGGUGCUACAAUGGGGGGAAAUGCCAACUUCAGUGGCCUACAUUAGGUCGAACCAAAUCAUGGGCUGGGGUGAAAAGGCCAUAGAGAUCCGCUCAGUGGAGACCGGCCACCUGGAUGGCGUCUUUAUGCACAAACGAGCCCAGAGACUCAAGUUCCUGUGUGAGCGGAAUGACAAGGUCUUCUUUGCCUCUGUGCGGGCUGGAGGUGCCAGCCAGGUGUACUUCAUGACCCUGGGUCGCACUUCUCUCAUGAGCUGGUAGUCGAGAUGCCAUCUCCACGGCGACCAACAGACAACUAUUGUGAUGAUGAAGUUGUUUAGGCUCUCCUCCACACUUGUCGUCAUGAAUUGCCAGUGAUGGGGUGGGGUGUUGCAUUUUUGGGGGGUGGGGCAUGUGUGUGUGUGUGUGUUAGUUAAACUGUAUUCUGACCGAAAAUCCCGCGAGUGUCCAACCUUUUGAGGCAACCUCUUCAGCAACCUCACAUCUUGUGUGUGCGCGCGCGCGUAAGGUCCAUGCAGGACGCACUGAGCAUGUGCACGACUGAGGAGCAACCAUAUGCGUAUGUACACAUAUGCCACUAGUUGAUAAGUCAGUUUAUUGCUGUUUUUAGUUCAGGUGACACAAGCCCCUCCUCCUCCCACUUAGUGGCCCAGUAAACACUUGUAUGCCUUCUUUCAAAAUACUUUGAAGGAUCUUGGUGAUAACAACAGGGUGUAAGAUUAUCCGAUCCAAGAGUUCCCAAGCAUAACAUCAUGCAAGUUGCUCCAUCAGCCCAAUAGCUCAGACUUCUCAUACACUGUAUAUUUUUUAUUUAAUUGCUACACGUAAAUAGAGGUAGAUCCACCGUCGUCAUGAAGGGGGACCCAAAUUUGUGUUAACCAAUUGGUGGGCUGUUAGGGACAAGUGGUAAACUGUGAAUUAGAUUGACAAGAGUCAGCAGUCGAUUUACAAGUGCCCGCAAAAAAA